UCUCAUUGUCCAAACUCCAAACUGAAACCCUCCCCUCCCAUCUAAUCCCACUCACACCCUCACCACUUUCCACCUCCAUCCCUAGCUAAAAAGCUCUCCUCUCUCUGUCUCUCUCCAUCGAGGAAUAAGCACCAUGGCAAAGCCGCCGUCAUUAUUCCUCAUUCUCAUAAUCAUUCCCCUCUCUUCUCUCACAUUCCUCUCCGAAUCCAGACUCUUCUACGACUACUACGAUAAAUCCUGUCCAAGAUUCACUCAAAUCAUCCAAGAAACCAUUACCAACAAGCAAAUCACCAGCCCCACCACAGCCGCCGGCACUCUCCGCCUCUUCUUUCAUGAUUGUCUCCUCAACGGCUGCGACGCUUCCAUCCUUAUCUCUUCUACUCCCUUCAACUCUGCCGAGCGUGAUGCCGACAUCAACCUCUCCCUCCCCGGCGACGCCUUCGACCUCGUCACUCGUGCUAAGACUGCCCUCGAGCUUUCGUGCCCCAACACCGUCUCCUGCGCUGAUAUCCUUGCUGUCGCCACUCGUGAUCUCGUCACCAUGGUUGGUGGUCCUUACUACAAUGUGCUCCUCGGCCGCAAAGAUUAUCGCAUCUCUAAGUCUUCCUAUGUAGAAGGGAAUCUGCCAAGACCUACCAUGCCCAUGUCGAACAUUAUUAACAUCUUUGCUUCUAAAGGUUUCAAUAUCCAAGAAAUGGUGGCGUUGAGUGGCGCACACACUAUAGGCUUCUCUCACUGCAAGGAGUUCACCAAUUACAUAUACAAUGAUACCCAUUACAAUCCAAGAUUUGCUCAGGGGCUGCAGAAGGCCUGUGCAGACUAUCCCAAGAAUCCAACUUUGUCAGUCUUCAAUGAUAUAAUGACCCCAAACAAGUUUGACAACUUGUAUUUCCAGAAUUUGCCUAAAGGGUUGGGGCUAUUAGAGUCAGAUCAUGGGUUGUAUAACGAUCCAAGGGCCAGGCCCUAUGUAGAGAUGUACGCCAAGGAUCAGAACAAGUUCUUUCAAGAUUUUGCAAGAGCAAUGCAGAAGCUUAGUGUUUAUGGCGUCAAGACGGGAAGGAGAGGUGAGAUUAGGCGCAGGUGUGAUGCUAUUAAUUGAAAUUUUGAAAUUUCUUUUUUUUUUUUUUUUAUUGUUUGUGAUCGAGAAAAGAUAAGAUAUAAUGGGCGAUUGUGAUGGGAGAUACUGGGGUGUUUUCUGUAUUAAUUCUUUGGGUUGUGAUUUGUGAGGAUCAGAAGAUGACAUGAAUGUAUACAAUCUUUGUGUGGACCAAUCAUGAUAUGAAGCUUAAAUUAUAUAUAUUUGUUUA